AGUGGGCGGAUUUGAAGGGCGAGUUUGAAAGAGCACUACUUGUAGGUCAAGAUGUGGGUCAACCAGAAAGUGGUGCUCGUGCGGAUUACCUCGGAACGCCAAGCGGGACCAUCGCGAUGAUCACUGCGGUAGCUCAGCAACACGGCAAACGUACAUUCCGAGGAUGACUUCACGAAAAUGACAAGCGUUGCUCUAUUGUACUGUUAAUCGCCAUGUCCGACUGCGAACACGUCGUCCCCGAUCAGCAGCCCAGCCGUCAGGUUGCAUCGACUACCCCCGAGCUCCGCGGGAGUCUCCCAUAGUUCGCACCAUGGCGAACGCGCUACCUCUUCCCGAGCAGAUCAUAUAUCUAAUCAUACGCUUCACGGCGUCAGUACCAGAUCUGCCACUAUCCAUCCACUCGCCGAGGACCUUAGCCACGCUUUCCCUGAAGCAGCUGAUUCGAUCUCACCUGCCGCCUGACCAUGCAUUGGCGCGUCUACGGUUGAUAUACGCAGGCAAAGUCCUCGCAGACGCAACCUCGCUGUCGAAGUCGCUAAGGUUACCGCCGCCUCUGCCUCCGCCGCCGCGGGAUGGGGCGUAUCACGAGAACGGGCCAGGGAGCAAGAGCAAAGGGAAGCAGCCGCUGCGAGACGCACCGGCAACAGAGCAUGGCACAGCUACAGACAUACCGCCUGAAGCGAAGAAGUACUACAUACACUGCUCUCUAGGGGAUGCCCUCACACCUUCGGAGCUGGCCAGUGAAGCCACCCUCGCGCAAGCCACCGAAACCACGCUGAAAGCGCAGUACGAAACCUCACAAACCUCGCCCUCCCAGCGUCGCUCCAGCACAAGCAACGAUGCGCAUCCUCGACGCAGCUCCACGGCCGCGCCACCACCCCAAUCCCAUGGCUUCGACCGCCUGCUUACGUCUGGCUUCACCCCGCAGGAAAUCGCGUCUCUACGCUCUCACUUCCAAACCAACCUCUCCUUUACCCACACCCCCGACACCAUGCCCUCGCCCGCCGAGAUGCGCGUCCUCGAGGAUCGGUGGCUGGACAGCACAGCCACGGAUCCGUCACCCGCAUUGGCGGGGGAAGGAGGGGAUACGGGGUGGGGCGCGGGGUUUGCGGUGGAGGAUGGCGGGUUAGAUGAUAUGCUGUGGGGAUAUAUGACGGGAUUUUUCUGGCCGCUUGGAGCGCUGAUUUGGGGGUUUAGGGAAGAGGGAGUUUGGAGCAGACGGAGGCAGUUGGCGGUUGUUAUGGGAGUUGUUAUCAAUGCUAUUUUUGGCUUCAUGAGAUGGAGCGCUUGAGCAGAGGACACGGUUUGUAGGGGUUGGGCAGCUACGUCGUUGGUAUGGAACGACUAUGUGUAAGAGUUAGUAACAUCAGACGUUGAUACCGAGUAAAGGUCGCGACAUGAUCACUUCGAUCGGCAUACGCAAUUUAGCGACGAAGCAAUUCAGUCACAAGCAACUCGUAAUCGAUCCCUAUUUUCCGACAACAUGACGUGACCAUCGCGAGCGCGAGCAGAACCCCAAAUAGCAACAUGCCAACAACACACCGGCCAAGGCAUCGCUAAUUACUCCCGCAGUGAUCACAUCAAAGUCUCUCCAUGCGUUCAAAAAGCCUCAACACACGGUCUAGACGCCUCGCAUAAAUCAAGAGACGUGCUCAGCGACUCACGAUCGCGAUCUCACGAUGCAACCACGCCCUGCCACGAUCACAACAUAAUGUGCUGUAACACGCAAAGUGGAAAC